AUGAGCCUGAUGAAUUGCACUAGCUCGAUCGCCGAGGGUGUCUCUAUCGAAUGCGCUGGUGAUCCUACAGUCUGCACGAAAGCAACAGUCCGACUGCUGAAGGAUGUAUCCAUGUCACUACAUUCCCCCGGUUCAGUGUCACCACACUCCGGAGAUGCUGGCGCGCAGGCCCGAUCAACUGGCUGCGCGCUUGGUGCUGCUAAUCCUGCGGCUCUGCUCGCGCUAGACCUUGCUCCAUUGAUCCCCGCUGCUCCUCCGGUACUCUCUGAGCCCUGGGCUCCAGGCCGGGCUGCAGUCCUCGCCUGCUUCCUGGCUUGCUUCUUUGCUCUGAUUUUGGCAGCUGGGGCGGGCUUUCGCGCGUGCUCCCCCCUCCCUUCGUGGGAUGGCCUGCCUUAG